AUGGCCCAGGCCUCCCCGAGUAGAACCCCAGUGCUGCCAGACAGAUGCCUCAAGAGAGCCCGUCUGCUGCGAUCUCCUCCUACAACGCCUACCCCGGUGUUUCGCCUGCUUUCGCUGGGCAACGUGGCCAGAAGACGGAACCGCUACCGCUUGGCGUCCCCCGGUCCAGAAAGUGACCCGGUGCUGCAACUCAGUGACCUGGAGUUCCAGUUCAGCACGCCCUUUUGCCUGGAUGCCUCCGACUCAGAGUCGCUUCCGGAGCUUGUCGAAGACCUGUCGACGCCCAGCACGCUCCAGAGCCCGGCCACGCCGUUCCGCCCGAAAGUGUCGUACUUUGACAAUUUCGAGCUGCCAUUAAAACGGCUUUCUCUGGCCCCGGCAUUGACUCCACGGUUCGUUGAACCACCUGUUUCGCAGCCAUUCCUGCCGCCAGCACAACCAGCAUUUUCACCGCUGCACCUCCCGCAGCCCGUUUCGCAGCCAUCUAUAUUCGACAUCCCCGAGUUGGUCCACAAAAUCAUCGUUUACGCCGAUGCCCAAAACACCGUGGUGCCGAGGGAAAAGACCCCCGUGUGCCGCAAACCUCUCUCAUAUCGCCACGCCUUGCUAGUGCACGGCAACGAAAAAGCAGCCCACCUCGCCAUGCAAGGUGCAUACCUAGACGAGCCAACGCCAGAAAACACCCUGAACGUGCUCCACACAUGCCUCCUCGUUAAUAAGCUCUUCCACAGAGUCGCCAAGGAGGUGCUUGGCGAGAAGCUUUUCUUCACUGAUGAGCGCACAUUCGGCAAAUUCAUUGAUCCAUCCAAACCCCAGCACUUCUACGACGGCAUGUCCCCGAAAACCUUGGUACUUUCCAAGAUGUUCUAUCUUCGCCAGGCCCACUUCGCACUGCUUCCUGAAAAAAUGGACUUAUCCAGGCUCGAGUGGCUCGAGCUCUACAUGUGCCCUAAAGUCGCACCCACCGUCUCUUUUUUGCAACCGUCCCUCAAGACAUUGAUUGUCACGGGGUCCAAGGCGCUAGACGACUUUGCCCUUGUGGAGGUGGCCCAACGCUGCCCCAACCUCCAGGUUUUGGAUGUCAGGGCCUGUGAAAACGUCACCGACCACGGCAUCUACAGCAUAGGCCAGAAGUGCAAGAACCUCACCACCCUCAACCUCGGCCGCAAAAGAAGAGGCCAUCUAAUUACCGACCACAGUGUCUGUGCUGUGGCCGUCAACAACCCCAACUUGACCACCGUGGGUGUAGCCGGGUGCUACAUCACCGACCGUUCAAUUUGGCAACUCACUCUCACCUGUGGAAAGCGCUUGCAGAGGCUUUCCUUGAAUAACUGUCCCUACGUUAGCGACCAGCUGGUGCCGGUAGUGCUCCACCACAACUUGUUGCAGAACCUCACUGUGCUCGAGAUCCGGUUCGUCAAUAGAAUUACAAACUUUGAGCCAAUCAUCGCCUACAAGAGACGCCAGGCUGCUCGUGGUCUCAAUGUGCUUGUUGAAACCUGCGAGGAGCUCUUUGUGCGCAUGAGGGACCAGGCCAAGAACAUGGACCGGGUCAUUCUGGAGCGAGUGGUGAGAGACAUCAGCGAAUGGGCUAACGGAAAAGACGACGACAUGGCAGCCGCAGACCUUCUAAGAACCAGAAGUGUCGGCUCGCGUAUAAUAGCAUAA